CAUGCGAGGAGCGGUGGUUUUUUUUGGGGGGGAAAGGAGGCUGCGUGGCCAGCCUGGAGCCGGGCGACAGAGCGAGCCGCUGUCCUGCCGAUGCUGGCAACGAGCCGGGCUCGGCGGGACACCGACCUGCAUCCUCCCCGUCCGUCUGUCCCGCUGUCUCCUCCCAGCUGUGGGCCAGCAAGGAGUGGCAACUGGGGGAUAUAUAAAGGCAGGAGAACUUCAGCCGGCUCAAAAGAAACUCCUGGAGCUGGUGGUGUUCUCCCGCUCUCCUGCCUUCACGUGAUUCAGCUUCCCCGCACCGGGGAGCCAAAGAAAUCCUCGCUGUGUGAGAUGGCUGCCGGCAGCUGCCUCCUCCUCCUCCUCCUCCUGCCCUGGCUGGUCACAGCCUCGCACAGCCCCCCCGGCUGCAAGAUCCGGAUUACUUCCAAGGGGCUGGAUUUGGUGAAGCAGGAGGGGCUGCGCUUCGUGGAGCAGGAGCUGCAGAACAUCACGAUUUCAGACCUGCACGGGAAGGAGGGGCAGUUCCACUACAACAUCAGCCAGGUCAGGGUGACGGACCUGCAGCUGGCAUCUUCGGACCUGAACUUCCAGCCCCAGCAGCACCUCGCCUUCAAUAUCAACAAUGCUUCCAUCAGCCUGCGCUUCCGCAGGCAGCUGCUCUACUGGUUCUUCUAUGACAUCGGGUCCAUCAAUGCCUCUGCGGAUGGUGUCCAAAUCCACACGGUGCUGCGGCUGGCCAAGGAUGAGGCUGGGCGCCCCAAGAUCUCCAACAUCACCUGCAAUGCCUCCAUUGCCAGAAUGCACGCCGGCUUCUCCGGCACACUCAGGAAGGUCUAUGAGUUCCUGAGCACCUUCAUCAUCACGGGGAUGCGCUACCUCCUCAGCCAGCAGAUCUGCCCGUCCCUGGAGCACGCCAGCCUGGUGCUGCUGAACUCCUUGCUGGACACGGUGCCCGUGAGGAACUAUGUGGAUGAACACAUCGGGAUUGACUACUCCCUCCUGCGGGAUCCAUCCGUCUCCAGUGACACCCUUGACCUCGACUUCAAGGGCAUGUUCUUCCCACGGGUGAGAGAGGACCAGGAGCUGGAGAACCACGCAGUGGAGCCGGUGAUCAAGGAGACUGAACGCAUGGUCUAUGUUGCCUUCUCCGAGUACUUCUUUGACUCAGCUAUGCUCGCGUACUUCCAGGCGGGAGUGCUGAACAUUGAGCUCCAGGGGGAGAAGGUGCCCAAGGACCUGGAGGUUUUGCUGAGAGCUACCUUCUUCGGGACCAUCUUCAUGCUGAGCCCCUCCGUGGAUGCUCCACUACGGCUGGUGCUGCAGGUCUCAGCUCCCCCUCGCUGCACCAUCAAACCCUUGGGCACCUCCGUCUCCGUCUCUGCCUUCCUGAACAUCUCACUGGUGCCUCCGGACCGCCCGCCCGUCCAGCUCUCCAGCAUGACUGUGGAAACCAAGCUGAGUGCCAAGGUGUUUCUGCAAGGGAAGGCACUGCGUGUGCAGCUGGACCUGCGACGGUUUCGCAUCUACUCCAAGCAGUCAGCGCUGGAGUCCCUGGCGCUGUUCUCCCUGCAAGCCCCACUGAAGACUCUCCUGCAGUUGACCAUCAUGCCAAUCCUUAAUGAGAGGACAAAGAAGGGAGUGCAGAUUCCCCUGCCUGAAGGCAUGGACUUCACCAGGGAGGUGGUCACCAACCACGCGGGAUUCCUCACGGUGGGAGCUGAUCUGCACUUCUCCAAGGGGCUGCGGGAGGUGAUUGAUAAAUACCGCCCCGUGCCCACCGCCGCUGCCUAUCCCAGCUCCCAGCCCGCAGAGCCCAGCCUGGACCCCGGCUCACUCUAGCUCUUCUCCCUGGACUGAGGGCAGAUCCUGGGCUGGACCCGUAGACUGUAGGUAGGAAGCAGCUUCCCUGGUACCACUGGCACAUCCUCAGGGUGCCCAUGCCCUGGUGGGACGCAGCAAGGUGGAGAGAGAUGCUCUGGGAAACCCUGCUGCACCCAUUCUCAUUACACUAAUAAACUACCCGCCUCCAAAUGCA